GCUGCGCGGCGGGGUGGGAGGCGCAGUGCCGGUGCUCCCGUCGCCCCCGGUGCUCCGUGCCCCGCCGCUGCCCCGCGCCCCGCCGCCGCCCCACCGCCACCAUGGAGGCCAUCAAGAAGAAGAUGCAGAUGCUGAAGCUGGACAAGGAGAAUGCCAUCGACCGCGCCGAGCAGGCGGAGGCUGACAAGAAGCAGGCGGAAGACCGCUGCAAGCAGCUGGAGGAGGAACAGCAGGGCCUGCAGAAGAAGCUGAAGGGCACGGAGGAUGAGGUGGAGAAGUACUCUGAGUCCGUCAAGGAGGCCCAGGAGAAGCUGGAGCAGGCAGAGAAGAAAGCUACAGACGCUGAGGCUGAAGUGGCUUCUCUGAACCGCCGUAUCCAGUUGGUGGAGGAGGAGCUGGACCGAGCCCAGGAGCGCCUGGCCACCGCCCUGCAGAAGCUGGAAGAAGCUGAGAAGGCGGCUGAUGAGAGCGAGAGAGGCAUGAAGGUCAUCGAAAACAGGGCCAUGAAGGAUGAGGAGAAGAUGGAGCUCCAGGAAAUGCAGCUGAAGGAGGCAAAGCACAUAGCGGAGGAGGCUGACCGCAAAUACGAGGAGGUUGCCCGCAAGCUGGUUGUCCUUGAGGGAGAGCUGGAGCGCUCGGAGGAGAGGGCAGAGGUGGCAGAGAGUAAAUGUGGUGACCUAGAGGAAGAGCUGAAAAUUGUCACCAACAACUUGAAGUCCCUGGAGGCCCAGGCUGACAAGUAUUCCACCAAGGAAGACAAGUAUGAGGAGGAAAUCAAGCUCCUAGGGGAAAAACUGAAGGAGGCUGAGACCCGAGCGGAGUUUGCAGAGAGGUCUGUGGCAAAGCUGGAGAAAACCAUCGAUGAUCUAGAAGAGCGCUCCCGGCAGGAGGCUGAGAAAAACCGUGUUCUCAGUAACGAGCUGCGGGUCAUCCUUACCGAACUUAACAACUGAGCUGCGCAGACCUCCCGGCCCCAGUGCAGCCUCCCUGCCCUGCUUUGGCCAGGCUGACUUGGGGCUGGAGUCCCUGCCUGCUCCCCACCUGGGCUAGGCGGGGUCUGGAGCCUUGGCUUAUCCCCCUGGGGGUAACUGCCCCGCUGCGGGGGACGACAGGGAGACCCUCUGGAGCUGAUUAGUUUUUCUUGGGUGAGGAAUGAUGGUUUUUGUGAUGUCCUGGGAUGCCCAUGCAUCCAUGAUGAUGGUUGUCCCCCAGCAUCAGCCUGGCCCUGCUGGGGAGGAAUGCAGUGGUUUUUAUUUCCCCCUUCCUCCCCUUGUCCCAGGAGUUGGUGGCAUGCCUCUUCCUCCUCACUCUGGUCACCCCAAACUGUGCAGGGAGGAUCCCCUCAGAGUGGGGUCCCUGGAGGCUGCUGGGUGGGUUGGCAGAGGAGCUAGGGACCCGGCAGCACCUGCUGCCCCAAACUUGGGGUGGGGGACAGGGAAGACCCCAGCAAGGAGUGCUAGGAGAUGGGAAUGGGUGGGCAGAGCUCUUGUCACAUCCCUGUCUCUAGAGGGAAGGAGGGUGCUGUCUGGAAGUGAGUGCUGGAGGAGGCUGCCUCAGCAGCAGGCUGCUUGGAAGAGCUUGUCCCUGCAGCCUCAUUAUCUCUCGUCCUUCUCUCUCUGCUGUCCUCACUGCCCACCUUCCCGGGCUCUUGUCUCACUCCUCUUCCUCAUGGAGCACCGCUGGGUCAUGCAGCAGGCACUGGCUUUCCUCUUUUGCUGGCCAAGGGUUUGUGUGCAUGCCCACAGCCAGAUGGUGGUGAUACCCCAGGGCAGGACCUGCUGGUGGCUGGCUGGAGAAUGGUACCCACCAGCAGUACCCGUGCUGCAGAGGGCCCAGCCAUGGGUAACAGGGCUCCAUGGGAAGAUGGAAUUGCUGAGAAGUGGGCAUCACCUGUCCUCAGUGACUGGCCUGGCUGCCCUGGCAGGUCCCAGAGUGGCUGGGCUCAUCCCUGCCAAAGGUGCAGCUCCUUGCGUGGACUCUGCUGUGCAGGGACAUCCUGCUUGACUGGAGGCUGGCCCUGUACUGAAAUGUCUGUGUGUGUGUGUGUGUGUGUCUGUGCUUGGCGUGGUGUGUGUGGGUCCGGCUGCACCUGGGUACUCUUGGGCUGUGUCUGUGUGCGUGGCUGGGUA